AUGAGGAACAUGGAGCAGGGCGAUCAGGAGAUGGCGGAGCAGGCCCGACGGGAGGCUGCGGAGGUCUUUGGAGCUCCUCCUCUGGAGACAGGGGACAAGUCGCGCCGCGAGACGACGGAAGGGCUGGAGGAUUGGGCGGGAAGAAAGCCCAAGUGGAACGGACCUGCUUCCAAAGGCCAACAGAGCUACGGCAAAGGAAACUUCAGUGGCUCCUGGAAAGAUCCCAAGGAUCCGUGGACAUACGAGCCAGCGCCGCUUGGGGAGCAGGAGCAGGAGUUUCUUCGCAAUGUGGCGAAGAUGUUGAUGCGGCACGAGUCGGAGAGAGUGCUCUCCCUCAUCCAGGAGAAGUCGGCGAAGUGGCAGGAGCUGUACCAGGAGAAGAAGGUGACCAGCAGUCUUCGCACCGUCCUUCUGAUCGGAGUCUUCCAGGAGCUGGCCACGAGAUUACAGGCGCUGCUCCAGGAUCAAGAUCGCCUCACGAAGAUGCACAGUGUCGGGUGGCUUGUGAACGGCGAGCAAGCGUUGAAUCCCAAGUGGAUCUACCAGCAACGGUCGCCAGAGAAGCAGCCAGUGGAAGUCUCACCUCAGGCGCCAAUCCCGUACUCCCUGGCGUUGGGCGCGAUCCAAGCGGUGAUCAACAAUGUGGGAGGCCCAGGGGUCCUGUUGAGAUUCCGGUCGACCCGGCCCUUGACAGAGAAGAUCACGGGCGAGGUGAUGCCGUUUGCUCUGCUCCUGUCCCUACGCAGGCAGCUGGCGAUGCAAGUUCACCAGGCGCUUGGCAUUCUGUCGGGAUGCGCCUGCCUGAAAGUGGCGGGCCUACGAGUUCGUCCGGACAGGGGGCAGCAAUCCACCCUGGCCAAAGCCUUGGAGGACUCGUACACGGGCCUCUCCUUUGCGGACUGGAAGCCGCAGUCCCAAUGGACACAGGAGGCUUUUGCGUGGACUGGUCAGCUGGUGGAUCGUGAGGACCGCUGCUAUGGUAACGUCACCAGACAGCAUGAUGUUUGCCAGUUCAUGCAGCUUACAGGGCCUGAUGUAGUUGUGGACACAGGAGCUCUGGAUGCCCCGUGGCACCCGGGUGAGCGCAUCGCCGUGCCAGUCUUCAGUGAGCCAGCAUCAUGGCAAGGCUGGGUCUUAAAUGAUAACAGCAAGCCGCCGAAGAUGGGUGCUGCUAUCGGUGCAAAAUCCUACGAUGGCCGAUUUCAUGCAACCCCCUCGAACCAUUCACGUGGGCGCAACGGCUCUGCAGCCACCGAUAGGUGUGUCCGUCGAGCACCAACAAUCAUGCAGAAACGUGCCAGUGCCCAGCUCUCAUGCCUGUAUGCUCUGUCGCUCAAGAUGGGGGAGGCGCUCGAGGAAAAUCUGCUGCUUGCUGCUUACCGACUCCUCAAACAAGAGGAAGCUGGCUGCUCUCUUCCUGCCUCUUUGUCAAUGGCACAGCGCAAUGACAUCUUGGCAUUUGCUCGAGGUGAUUUGGUUCCUGAGCGGUACGAACGCCUUGCUCUGUAUGCUGCCCAACUCUGUGAGAAGCUUCCGGGCGCAAUGGGUGCGGGCUUGCCGCCACCAGUGGACGGCGAUGUGGAACAAGGCAGUCCCGCCAAUCAGGUCGCUUCGCAGCUCCUACAUGAUAGCUCCGCCUCCUUAUGGGGCGCGGCACGUCAAGUCAUCACACAGCUCAACUUCACAAGGCCGAAAGACGUCUGA